AUGCAACCGACAACGUCGCGCUCGAUGCCCUCCUGCCCGCACAGACGAGGAUUUUGUUCCAACGGGCGAAAUCCGGAUGAAUCUGGUUAUGGAGCGGCCGGUCGUUUAGUUAUUGUUCAUGCGGGUUGUCAGAAUGGCUUUUUUCCCAAUGCCAGUUUGAUAUUCAAAGCUGGUCAAGCAACUGGGGAUUAUCACGGACAAAUGAAUCGCGAAAGUUUUAUGAAAUGGCUGGAGGAAAAAUUAAUUCCCAAUAUUCCGGCUAAUUCAGUGGUCAUCUUUGAUAAUGCACCAUAUCAUUCCGUGCAAGAGAAUAAAGUGCCGACCAAAUCAAGCACCAAGAAAACUAUGAUCGAUUGGUUGACGGCAAAUGGAAUAUCUCACAACCCAGCUGAACGCAAAUGGGAGUUGUUCCAGUUGAUUCAACAACAUAAACCACCUGAGGAUGAAAAAAACUACGUAGUAGAUAGAGUAUUACGUUCAUAUGGACAUACUCCGUUGCGUACACCACCUUAUAUGUGCGAUCUCAACCCAAUCGAACUGAUAUGGGCCCAGUUGAAACAUUUUGUUCGUAGUCGCAAUACUACUGGAGACAUAUCCAUUAGAAAUUUAAUAGAACAAGUACAACUGGGCAUUGCUUCUAUCACACCUGCACGUUGGGCUGAAUGCUGUAAACAUGUAGUAAAUAUUGAAAAAAAAUACUACGAAACUGAUCAAUACAUGGAAGAGCUUGGCGAGGAAGAUAGCAGUGAAGAUGAAUCCGAUAAAAGCGAUGCCGAAGAAAAUACCAGUGACGAGGACUAA